GGGCGUGGUUUAUCUGAGAAGAAUAAAAGGAAUAGAUAAUGUGUGUGUGUACAUAUGGUGUAAAAGAAUAACAAGAGGCCACUUAAAAAAGUCACAUUGAGGCUCGGACACCAUAAGGUGUUAGAACAACUGAUGAUGGAAGAAGAAUCAUCAUUGAGUUCAGAUAGCAGUUCAGAAUCGGACUAUAGUGAGAAUGAAGGAAAGAAAGAACAACCGAGAAAACGGAAAAUGACAACACAAAGAUAUUCUAGGCAGUCUUUAGAAAAACUUAUAGAAGACAAAUCUUCACUUCCUGUCACAUGUGGGGAUAAAGAAGGUUCCUUGUUUAUUGAGAAAUUUAAUAACAGUGAGAAAUGCAUCUUGAGCGAAGAUCAGUGGUUUAAGCCCAGUGAAUUUGAGAAGUUUGGAGGGAAGGAGAAAAGCAGAAAGUGGAAGACCAGCAUCCUUUGCGAUGGCAUUCCACUCCAGAAACUCAUAGAGGAUAAACUUAUUUCAUGCCCAGUCUUUAAGAAAAGAAGAAUUAAACAUGAAAAGAGUGAAUCGCGUGAAAGCUCACCUGUUGCUGUCAGACUCAAAAGAACAAAGAGUGAAUCGCGUGAAAGCUCACCUGUCGCUAGCAGACUCAGAGAAACAAAGAGAAACUCUUCUGAAUCCUCAUAUGAAUCUGGCACACGCAGAAGAACAAAGGCUAGGAAAAAGCUGGUUUCCUCCAGCUCUGAAUCAGAAGGAAGAGACAGUGUCCACUAUGAGAACAAUGACAUCAACAACAACAGUGAAGAUGAUGAUGAUGAUGAAAUUGACAUUACCAUGUUUCAAAGUCCAACCCUACCUGUUACCUGCGGCUCUGUCACUGGCACUCUUUACAAAAAACGCUUUGCUAAAGGACACUGUGGGAAAUGCAUAAGGACUGAGGAUUUAUGGCUAACACCUGAGGAUUUCCUCAGACUGGGCAAACAAGAUGGGAUAUGGAGGAAAGACAUUGUGGCUCAUAAAACAACGCUCGGAAAACUUUUAAUGAGAAGAGUUUUGGAACUUCAUGCAGUCAACUGUGAUUGUAAUGUCUGUGAAGAACUCAAUCAAACCAAUGAUGACGACUGUUACGUCUGUGACUCUUACGAAGAGGUUGUGUGCUGUGAUGAGUGUCCACGAGCUUUUCAUCCACAAUGUCACCUACCAGCUGCUGUGGACAUCGACUCUGGAAUCCAAUGGAGCUGUACAUUUUGUAUGAUGAAAACAUUUAAGGGAUCGAAUCAAAAGACACGACAGGAGGUUUUAAACAGUCCACUUUCGCAGUACAAACUGCACUGCCAGUAUUUGUUGUUAUAUCUGCUGCACGAGUGGACUGCUGAGCCCUGCACCAAAGUUUUAGAUAAAGAGAGUAAAUGUAAAGCAGAUGGCAUCAGGCUGAAUUUACAGAAUGACAAUUACCAAACAGUGGGCGAGUUUGUCAAAGAUAUUGAAAACAUUUUUCAACACGGCAACUCCAAAAGGGAUAAUGUCUUCAACAGAAUGGAGCAUUUGUUUAAGAAGGAGUUUGUCACCAUCUUUAAACUUCUAUAACAUUAUGCAUUAAACAAAUCACUGUAUUCAAAACAAAGCAAAAAUAAUGCUGAACUGUGUGUACAAAAAUGACAGAAAAAUAAAGAAUGGUUAGGUUUUUACUAAAUGAUAUUAGGCUUGCGCUUAGAGACUUUAAUUAUUUGGCUACAUUCACACAACCAAGUCUCAAAAUGUAUUUUAAAUUCACCUGUCAAAUGGAGAAAGAAAAGGCGUUGGCAAAAGUUUCUAAAAUAAAAUCCUAAAACUGUUGAUGAUUGUUGAACAUAAGUUUUAAAUGCUUAUUUAUUUUCCUAAAACACUUUUCUGUAAGUAGGCAAUGGUGAAAAAAACAAUUACAAGUACAAUUUUAUAAGUAAGGGAUAAUGAAUGGCCAGGCAUAAUGAAUAGGCAGCCAAUUGUAAAUAAGGUCCGACAGUCUUGUAUCCCAAAGCAUUAGCCAAAAUAUUUUACAUAAAACAAUCCCUUAAACAUUUUUGUCAUGACCUGGUCUCUCCAUUUCUUGUCUUAUCCGAGUUGUGAGAGAUUAGGUUGUGACAGUACGUGUCUGCCCUGAGAGAGUUGUGUGACAUGCCCUUCCGCUGUCCACGUUUCUCUCAGGGUUCGUGUAUUGUUUCCCGCUCCCUUAUGUUUGAUUAGCUCCAGGUGUUUGUUGUUAGAUUUCCCUAUUUAAUACCCUUCUGUCCUUUCCUCCGUACGUUGGUAUUAUUCUCUGUUCCCUUCAAGUUCCGUGUCUUUAUUCCUGUUCCUGGACUCAUGUGUUAGGUUAUGUAGUUUAGUGUUUUCAGUGUUAAUGUUAGUUAGCUUAGUUCUUUUGUCUGUUAUUGUAAUGUUGUACCCCCUUGUGGGUGUUUUGGUUCUGUGUUUUUGCGUAUAUUAAAGUAAUUCUUUAUUUAAGUCUGCAUUUGGGUUUUCCGAUCGUGACAAUUUUUCCUCUUCCAAACUUAAAAUUUCCUUGAUGUCCCUAUCCUUACAUGUGCAAUCCUGUAUCACAAAUUAUUUUCCGUGACACUGUCACGUUUUUCCACAUUUUUACGUGACCGUAUCACGCAUUUCUGUUUACAUGUCAUUGUCACGUAUUGGUUACUCAACUGCUUUUUAAUAUUUUCAAGGGUUAGAUUUGGUGUUUGCAUUAGGAUGUCACUUUAAGUAUUGGUUUAUACAAUUUUUUUCUGAUUUACGUUAUUUAUAUUUUCUGAUUUUUAAACCAUUGUCGCCUGGCGUUAGGGUUAGAGUUGGGUUUGGGUAAGGAUGUCAUUUUAUGUAAAUUUAACCCUAAACCGAAGCGACAAUGGUAAGAAAAUAGGACAAAACAGAUGAGUAACCAAUACCUGACAAUGACAUGUAAACAAAAUUGCGUGAUACGGUCACGUAAAAUCGUGGAAAAAUGCGACGGAAAAUAAUAAAAAAUGUAUGUGACUUUAAGUACGGAAUGAUACUGGGUUGAUAUGUGAAACCCAGUAUGCAUUGGUUUUUUAACGUGAAAUUUGUUGUUCCCUGAUAUUUCUUUAUUAAACUGCCAGAUGCUUUCAAAUCUUUUUUCUCUCACUGCUGUCGUUUGCUUUGUUAUUGAGCGGAUUGCCACGUAAUUUACUUAAAUAGCUCUCUAACACCCCACCUCAGAAGCCAGAAGAUGCCUUCAGGGCGACAACUGAAUCUGUAAUAGACAGUAGCUUAGCUAUUUCAAACUUUUUCACCAGUAAUCGAACAUCGAAAAAGAACUUCGGCGUGAAUAAAUUAACUUCUUGGCAUAAACAAUUUACCUUUUUCUUAAUAACUUAAUAAUAACUAAAUCAUUUGCCUUCUAACAUAAAAAUAUUUGUAUCUGUCGGCACCCAUAGCCCCGUGUAGUGGUUAGUGCGGCGACAUGUAGCACCAGUGUCCUCACGGCGACCCGAGUUCAAUUCCCGUCUCUGAGGUCCUUUGCUGAUCCCGCUCCCCUAUCUCCACCCAACACUUUCCUGUCUACACUCCACUAUACUGUCUAAAUAAAGGCCAAGAAGCCUAAAAAAAUAUUAAAAAUGAAAAGAUUUGUAUCUUGCUUACUUUGAAAGAUAAUUUUACUAUGCAUUUAGCACAUUAACUUCUAACAAUUGUUAAACUUAUUUGGGCACUUCAUAUAUCAUUAAGGAUAAAUCACCUCAUUUUCUUCUCACUUUUAUAAGUUGCCUCUGCUAAAUGCUUAAAUGUAUGUAAAUGUAGUAAAAUCCAAUAAUUAAACGAAACAUAUUUACA